AUGAAUUUCACCACUGAGUAUAACAGUGUUGAUGUCUUUCUUGCUCAUCAAAUUUACAGUGAACAGACAAGAGUCUUGUUAACAAGUGCUGCUUUUGUUCAUUUGAAAGCUGAUGUUACUAAGCACACACGGAAUCUUUCUCCUGCAAGUCGAACAAUAUUGCUUUCUGGCCCUGCGGAACUGUACCAGCAAAUGCUUGCCAAGGCUUUAGCACAUUAUUUUGAGGCCAAGUUAUUGUUGUUAGAUGUAACUGAUUUUUCACUGAAGAUCCAGAGCAAAUAUGGGGCUUCGAACAAAGAAUCUUAUUUCAAAAGGUCUAUAUCAGAAACAACAUUGAGCCGAAUGUCUGAAUUAUUUGGAUCAUUUUCAAUGCUUCAACAGGAGGAAAGCAAAGGUACAUUGCGCAGGCAAAGAAGUGGAGUUGAUCUUGUAUCAAAGGGACAAGAAGGUUCCUUUAAUCCUCCACAGCUACGUAGAAAUGCAUCUGCAUCAGCGUCUUUAAGCCAGCUGACCACUAGACAUGUAGUUAUUGUAAAAAAUUUUGCUCUUAUAAAUUUUUAUCAUUUCAUUGUGAACCCCAUGCCUUGUCUAACUUUGCUUCUUUAA